UUGAAAUCUACGCGCUUUGAGUUUUGGUUUUGCUUAAUAUCAGGUCCAACACAGGGUUUGGAAAUCAAUUUGACCUCAGUACGGUUGUUAAAUCAUUCGUCGUGGAUGCAUGUUGUAUCAAAUGGUAAACAAACAUAAGGUUGCAAAAUAAAACGGGACAAUGCCAGACGUGGAGGUGUGCAGCCACGUGAAAGUGGUGGUCCGGGUCCGUCCUUUGAAUGACAAGGAAAAGAGUGGCAAUUACAGAAACUCAGUCCAUGUUGUUGACAACCACAUGCUUAUCUUUGAUCCCAAAGAGGAGCAAGUGACAUUUUUCCGGGGGCAGAGGGUAGGCAACAGGGAUGUGCGGAAGAGAACCAAUAAAGACCUCAAGUUUGUGUUUGACAGCGUCUUUAGAGAAGACUCUUCACAGAUGGAGGUUUUUGAGAACACCACCAAAUCAAUAGUGGAUGGUGUCCUAAACGGCUACAACUGCACUGUGUUUGCCUAUGGAGCUACAGGAGCGGGAAAAACGCAUACAAUGUUGGGCACGUGUGAUACCCCAGGAGUGAUGUUUCUCACCAUGAAGGAACUGUUUGCACGUAUGGACCUGAUCAAGGAAGACAAAGUUUUCGAUAUAGCCUUUUCUUAUCUUGAGGUUUAUAAUGAGCAGAUUCGGGAUUUGUUAACUAACUCCGGCCCGUUAGCAGUGAGAGAGGAUGGUUCCAAUGGAGUUGUGGUUCAAGGACUCACCCUGCACCAGCCCAAAUCUGCAGAGCACAUCCUUGAAGCUCUUGAUUAUGGCAACAAGAAUAGGACGCAGCACCCCACUGACAUGAAUGCCACGUCUUCACGCUCCCAUGCCGUAUUCCAGAUCUACUUGAGGCAGCAGGAUAAAACAGCCAGUCUUAAUCCAAACGUUCGUGUGGCUAAAAUGAGUUUAAUCGACCUGGCUGGCUCAGAGAGGGCCAGUGCGACCAACGCCAAGGGGGCGCGUCUCCGAGAGGGGGCCAACAUCAACCGCUCUCUUCUCGCCCUUGGGAAUGUCAUCAACACACUUGCCAACCCCAAAUGUAAGAAGACGCACAUUCCUUACAGAGAUAGCAAGCUGACACGGCUCCUCAAAGACUCUCUGGGUGGAAACUGCCGAACUGUGAUGAUCGCUAACGUCAGCCCGUCCUCUCUCUCCUACGAAGACACUCACAACACGCUCAAAUAUGCCAACCGCGCCAAGGAGAUCAAAUCCACUCUGAAGAGUAAUGUCAUGAGCUUGGACAGUCACAUCGGCCAGUAUGCCAUCAUCUGCGAAAAGCAGAAAGCAGAGAUCAUCAUGUUGAAACAGAAACUCAAAGAGUAUGAAGAGCGGAAGGUGGAGGUUCCUGCCCUCAAUCCAAUCCCCGUCAAGAGAGAGGCCGAAUUUGAGAAAAUGUCCGAGUCCCUGCGUAGCGUGUUUGCAGCACGUCAGCUGGUCCGUAAAGAGCAGCUGGACAUUGAAAAGCGCCUGUAUGAAAGCAGGCUUACCAUGAGACACAGGGAGCUGUGGCACCAGCAGAGCCUGAUCUUCUUCCCCGACAACAGGACCGAGAGGGCCACUUGUAAGUACGAGCGUAAGCUGUCCUCCCUGAAGUCUCACCAGGAGCACCUGCAAAAACGUUUGCUGGAGAGUGAAAAGCACUUUCAGGAAAACGAGGGAUGGCUUCACCGCAUCGAGAACGAAAUGAAGCUGCUGGGACAUGAAGGACAGUCCCCCGAGGAGCUGAAACGAGAACUACAGUGCCAUCAGCUGCAGGUGCAGAUCAGCGACCUUCAGCAACGCAUCAAGCACACAAACCACCUCAUCGGUGUGCAAGACCAGGAAAACGCUCACACACACAAGUUGGUAAACGCCCUGCUGUCCACCUGCCGCCGACAGCACCUGGCGUUGAAGGCAGCGAGCAUCGCCACAGAUGAUGCCGAGAGGGAGGAGCUUGAGCGGCUGGUGAACAGAGAAAGGGGUGUGGUCUGGGCAGACCAGGAGAAACCAGAGAGGAACAAUGGUGGCACAGGAAGCACUCAUCUACAGCCCAUCCUGUCUUUCUCGGACCUCGUUUCUCACCAGAGCACGCCGUGCAGUGCAGAGAAACGCACACGCCAAAGCUCCCAGCGUCUCAGACUCGCAAACUCAUCUAAAGGUUGUAUCCCUCAACAUCAGGAGCCAGAGGCUGAAUGUCCUAAAAAACCCAUCCGGAGGAAGCUAUCUGUAUCUCCUGCAAACCCAGAUGAGGGCAGAGCCGUUCCUGUGCCGUCCCAUUACCCACCUGCGCUUCAGGAAGUAUUACGAGAUGAGGGCAUGUUCCCACUACAGUACACUCCUCAGGGCCAGCCACACAGCUCCAGCACCUUUGAUCCGAACUCGACAUUCGACAUCGGUCAUACCGAGGACACAAAUACUGCCAGUGCCGCUAAUGACACUGUGAUUCUAUCACCUGAGCCACCCAGGAACACGACACUCCAGGCGCUACAAGCUAACAAUGGGAAAGAGCCGGCUAAAAGGUCGGAAAUUCCGUCGCUUUUAGACCUGCGACGAUCCAAACCCUCUUAUAUGGCCAUGACCUCAGCUGCUAAGGGCAAGCGCAAAUUCUGUUCCAACAGUGGGAAAGAGGACCAUUCUCAAGCCGUAGCCGCAGCUCCCAAGCGUAUAAAGAGAGAACCCUGCGAGGCAUCUAAACCACUACGAAUCCGACGUUUUGAAGUUUCUUCUGAGAAUGAGCCGAGCCGAAUAGUAGUACGGAGCGUGUCUGAAGGAAACCUCCAUCAGCUUGACCAGCGCAAGCCCAAAUCGGGCUCAAUGGGGCCCGUGGCACUCUUUAAAAAAGCCACCAAGAGGAUGUGAGAGAUAUCCACUGCUGUUAAAGGCACAGCUCUCUUCUUAUUAAAUGCGCUGUAGAAAAGGCUUAAUCAAGGGUCUGGGGAACAAGAACAAAAACAAUUUUAACCUUCAAUAUUUCUAGGAUGUUGGAAUUUUUUGUUAAUUUUUAAGGAAAUAUGUAUGUGCAUAGAAAACUUAUUCAGCCUAGCCUACCUUGAAGCACACAUUAAAGUAUUGUAUUUCUACUGAUGUUUGAGUGUUGUAAAGUCAUUUGGUUUUAUUGUUACUACUGAGUGAGUAGUGAGUAGUUUCUCCCAUUUUUUUAAUUGUUUUAAUUAAAAUAUCUCAAUCUAAAGAUGAAACCAGGUCUGUUGUGUUUGAUGUUUUUAAAAAACUAACAAUGCUUUUUUAUCUAGACUGAUUUGUACGCAUUGUCUCAUGCGUUCCACCUGUUUACUAAACAUCUAAAGGCAAUACAUUUACAGCAAUUUGUUUUUCUUAAAUGAUGAUGCUUGUUAGUAUAAAAGAAGGUAAAUAAAUUAAAGGUUAAAAAUUGAUUUGAGUAUAAAAAAAUUGAAUGAAUUAUUUAGUAAGAAAGUUGCACAUCCACAGUUAUAUGGAUACUCAUGAUUAAAGGGAUACUCCACCUAAAAAUGAAAAUUCUGUCAUGAAUUACUCACCCUCUAGUUGUUCCAAACAAACAUUAUAAAUGUCUUUGUUCUGAUGAACAUAUAAGAUAUUUGGAAGAAUGUUAGCAACUGACAUUUCUGGGACAUCAUUGACUACCAUAGUAGAAGAAACUAUUGUAUUUUUUUUGUUCUGUUGAACACAAUUUGAUAUUAAGGAAUUUAUGAACAGUUGUCAAACACAUUUGACAACCUUUUUAAUUUUUUUCUACUAUGGUAGUCAAUGAUGCCCCAGCGUUGUCAAUUGAUAACGUCAUUCUUCAGUCUUUCAGUCUUGUUUCUUGCUGAACUGACGUUAAGCCAACUGAAACUUAAAGAAUUCUGGAGACAAGUUUAAGGUCCAUCUUGGUCUGUUUUCUGUAUGCAGACCAAGAUAACUAAC